AUGAAGCACUUAGAACAUGAACGUUCUUCAAUUAAGACGGAAACGACGGAGGGAAGCAAGCGACAUAAGGUAGAGGCGGUCAAUGCUGCGAAGGCCUCCGCUCUUUUUAAGGAUGGCCCGAAACGCUUCUACGAAAUGACCUCUAAAGACAAAUAUGUCGGGAUUCAAAUCAUCUUCGUGGAUGCUAAAUGGCGUAUGAGAACUUCCAUUCUCGCUAUAAAGCUCUUCUGCCCAGGAUCGGUGAAAUACAAGAGCUCCCGGUUAUCAGAGGUCCUUUAUUCAUGGGUCAUAGAUUUUCUCGCAGAUUUCGGCCUUUUGCCCUCGGAUAUUACUGGGUCUACAUCUGACGGAGGAGGUGAUAUAAGGCGCUUGCAAUCAAAGCUCUUAACGACAGCUUUUUGGGAGAGCUAUGCCCCUCAUCGUUUCUUAAGCCUCACCAAAGUUGUAAAGCGCUUCUUGGAGCUUUGGGAUCCGACAUACAAGUACUACGAUGAAAGGUCAAAGCCCUCCAACCGGAUGUCGUCUUUGAAGGAGGAGUUGAGGCAACUCUAUUCCCUCAUUGCCCCGGUGGGAGUGCUGAUGCCAGAAACCCAAGGUUGCAGCAAGCUCAGUGGUGCCCUCGCUCUACUUGGUCUUGUUGGUCUCCAGCAGAAAACACUAUGUCAGCCGCAGCUCCUUUGCAAGUCAAAAAUGGAGGCUGAUGGAAAAGGCUCAAAGAAGCGAUUCUUUGUCCGCUACGAUCCCGAGCUGUUUCUCGAGACUUCAACGGAGAAAGACAAAGCCAAAUGGCCACAUUCUACCCUUUACGAAAGAAGAACCUCCGAGCAACAACGGACAAAGCUAGCUGACGCAGUGAAGAAAACUGUCUGGGACAAGAUUAGAGCAAUGGCAAUCAGAGCGGCGACGAAGCUAUCAUCCGCAGGUGGUGCAGGGUUUGAGGCAGGGAACACUCAAAAGGAUGACCUUUGGGGGGGCAAAGGUACGAGCUCUUCCGUUGGUAUUCAGAACGCAGGAGUCACAUCAUCAGCAGCAAGCAACGUGCGGGCGCCCAGGAAGUGCUUGGUCUCAACACCAAACCUCUUUAAGGGCCUCUUUGAUAAGAGAGCUUCAGUGGCAGGCAAUACCUCAGUCGGAGGUUCUUUGGAGACUUUACUUGAUGAGGAGAUAGAAAGCUUUCUGAAGUUUAACUGCGGGCUGGUGAUGCCGCGUGACUUUGAGCCUCAGGAUGUGCUGGUUGGGUUCUGGAUGAAACAACAGGGCAGAUUUCCUCACUUCGCUGCAGUUGCUAGAUGUAUCUUUGGAAAUCCUGCUUCAGAUCCGGGUAUUGAGCAUGAUUUUGGAAUCGCUGGUGUGCUAUUGAAUCCACGAAGAACCAACCUUGACACCUUGGGACGAUGUCCCACUCAUUGA